AUGCCGACUCAGCCAUAUGGGGGGACAGAAUCCUACCUCAUAUACGUCAACUACUCCCCCAGACAAUGGAGGUCGAUCUCCUUUACGCACCACACCUGGCCAUGCAGACAUCUGGAGACGAGGAAGAAGCAGAGGAACCUGCUGGGCGACGCCUUCAAGAGGAAGGACGGUACACACCCCCCGACCUUGGCCGACAAGAUUGCUGGUCACACCCUGAAAUUCGCGCUCGACUGGGCACUGAUCAAGGUCCCCACAGGGCGGACAAUGAGCGACCGUGUUCCCAUUGAUGGCACAGGCAGCAAAGUGCCCAUCGGAGCAGAAGUGACACGAUUCACCAAGAUCAAGCACACUCAAAGCUUGCAAGUGGCCAAGAAGGGCCGGACAACUGGCUGGACGUACGGACACAUCAAUCAGAUUGGCUCACUCUUGAAUCUACGACAUGACUCUACUUCUAUUGUACCGGUAGACAUGGAGCAGCGAUUUGGAACGACAGACGGUAUCAUGCUGACUUUCGGCGUCAUGCAUGACCGCAAAGGAGAAGAGUUCAUGAGGGCCGGCGACUCCGGCAGUUGCGUACUACUGAACGAACGCAAUAGUAGGAAAGCAACGAUUGUUGGUCUACUCUAUGCCUUCAACGAGCAUACGCGCGUUUCUUACAUGAUCCCGUUUGACUUGGUCAUAAAGGAUAUAGAGCAGGUGACAGACCAGAAAGUGGUGAAGCCUGAGUUUGUUGAAUCCGAUGCAAGGACCUAA